GCGACGCUCACCCCUUUCAAUCGACGUAAAUUCGCCGGCGUGCAGACCAUGGUUUACUCGAUUUUGCUGGAGCCUGUCCAGAUCAACCCCCGCAACACGCAUGAUACUUGAACCUCUACACGACACAUACAAUCCCCGAACGGUCGCCGGUCCGCAUUCUCGAAUCAUCGCCAAAUUCCCUCUCGUCCUAUGACUGGUCAACUAGGUAUCGCACCCAAGAUCUCCAAACGCGUGAGGCGGGUUGACUCUUGCCGGCUUCGCAAUCGACGUAAACCAUGAUCUUCGAUGCCGUUUCUAAGCCCUUCUAUGAGCAACAAGCGUGAUACCAUCCGAUCCUCACUCGGGCCUCGCAAACUUUCCCAUAAAUGAUCUUAUUUCGCCCCGCAAUGCCUUUCCCCAUCUUAUUUUUCUUCUUUCUUCUUCCCUCUCUUCUUCCCUCUCCUCCUUCCUUCCUCUCCCCUAGGUCCUUACGAGCAUGACGACGUCCACGGUAUCGUACACAACCUCCAACCCCGCCCCGCAGCCUGGUGAACGCACUUCUAUGAAUGACGAGACAUGCCCACUUCUAUCCAACUCUUCAGCUCCGUCUCUCGAAUCUCAGGACAUCUCUCAAGAUUCCAAGAAAUCAAAGGUAGUCACUCCCCUCCCAAAAGCACAGCUCGCGUCCCUAUGCAUCGUUCGUCUCGUCGACCCCAUCGCUUUCACUCAUAUCUUUCCAUAUGUGAAUGAAAUGAUGGCGGACUUGCACCUCACGGAUGAUCCUUCCCGUGUAGGGUUCUACAGCGGCCUGGUGGAAAGUUCGUUUGCAAUUUUCCAGCUGUUCUCUAUCUACCAGUGGGCUCGCUUGUCUGACGCCAUUGGCCGUCGUCCUGUCAUUUUUAUGGGUAUCUCGGGAAUGGCUGUAUCUAGCAUUCUGUUCGGCCUCUCCCGUACUCUUACUACUGUUCUCUUGGUUCGGUGCCUAGCGGGUCUCUUCUCCGGCAACGUCGCCGUGAUCCAUUCUGUCCUAGGGGAACUAACAGACUCCACAAAUCAAGCCAUCGCGUUCCCCAUAUACGGUCUUACAUGGCCCCUCGGGGCCAUUGCCGGAAAGACCCUUAGUCCUCUGAUCGGAGGCGCGUUCUCCCACCCCGCAGUCAGGUUCCCUAAUUUAUUCGACUACCCAUUCCUCCGUGAAUAUCCUUAUUUCCUUCCCGGGUUCAUCGCAGCUGUUAUAUCCUUCACCGGUGUACUAUUUGGGUACUUCUUCCUAGAAGAGACGUUGCCCAGCAAACGUCAGAAAAACCAAAAGCCGAAAUCCUCUUCCUCAUCUUUCUCUAGCGUCACAUUGGACGCAGAUUCAUCCUUUUCUGAACCCCCUAGCAUCAAAGCAAUUGUCAAAAUCCCGCUCGUGCAGGCGUUAAGCAUGUCGGGCUGCGCACUGAGUUUCAUAUCUACGGCCUUCGAUGUCGUUUUUGUCCUCUUCUGCUAUUCCCCUAUCAACUCCGGAGGACUGGCAUUUUCCGCUUCACAAAUUGGCUUAUGCCUCGCCACAUCCGGGACGAUCUCCGUUUUCAUCCAAAUCUUCAUUAUGCCUACUCUGCUGAGCCGCUGCGAUCAUAUCCGCGUGUACAACGGCUGCAUGGCGCUCUGGCCGUAUGCGUUCUUCCUUCUCCCACUCCUUAACAUCAUCGCACGCACGGGCUUUCCGAACCAGAGCGGUUCGGACCUGGUUCUGGAAGAUGCGGAUGGCCGAGUGCAGGCUAUGGUAUGGUGCGGUAUCGCGGCAUUGUUGAGUAUCACAAGGGUCGCGUGUGUGGCAUUCUCUGUGAGCAUGAUCCUCGUUAAGGAAGCUGCUCCCAGUCCGUCCUCGCUCGGCAGGACCAAUGGCAUCGUUCAGUUUGCGAUGUGUUUCGCCAGGGCAUUCAGUCCCGCUUUCGUCAGUUCGUUGUUUGCCCUCUCUCUGGAUUAUAACAUCCUUGGCGGCUACUUCUGGGUACUCAUCAUGACCAUCAUCUCUAUCCUUGGCGCGUCACUUUCGAGGUCCAUCGAAAGGGGCCGGAAAGCUUCGUAUGAUUGACGUCGAUUACAAGCGACGUUGUAACUCUAUCUUUGCACUGUGCAGGCUUCUGUCAGACGACUCAAAAUCGCGGAGGCGCUGUUCCUCGCGACUAUCAUGAAUGAAUUGACAGUUUUUCCCGGC